AUGCCCUCUUCUAGUUUCUUCAACCUUGUCAUCCUUCUCUGCUCAUUGGGUGUUGCUUUGGGCGGUGACCCUUAUGUGUUCUUUGACUGGACUGUCUCUUACAUCACUGCCUCCCCACUUGGAGUUAAGCAGCAGGUUAUUGGGAUUAAUGGGGAGUUUCCAGGACCGAUUCUUAAUGUCACUACAAACUGGAAUGUUGUUAUCAAUGUGAAGAAUCACCUGGACGAGCCAUUGCUUCUCACAUGGAAUGGAAUACAACAUAGGAAAAACUCUUGGCAAGAUGGUGUAUCAGGGACUAACUGUCCAAUUCAAGCUGGAUGGAAUUGGACAUACGAAUUUCAGGUUAAGGAUCAGAUAGGGAGUUUCUUUUACUUCCCUUCUCUAAACUUCCAGAGAGCGUCAGGUGGAUAUGGCGGAAUCACCAUAAACAACCGAGCUGUUAUUGCACUACCUUUCGCAGUGCCAGAUGCAGAUAUUACCCUCUUCAUUACUGAUUGGUACACAAAGAGUCAUAAGGAACUAAGGAAAGAUGUUGAAAGUGGUACUAGCCUGGGAAUUCCGGAUGGUGUGCUCAUCAAUGGAAUAGGUCCCUUUCGCUUUGACGAGGGACUUAUUAAAGGAGGCAAUCCUUUCCUGACGGUAAAUGUUGAACAAGGAAAAACAUACCGCUUCCGUGUGCACAAUGUUGGUAUCUCAACUAGCUUGAAUUUCAGAAUACAAAAUCAUAACUUGCUUCUAGUGGAGACUGAAGGAUCAUACACAGUUCAGCAGAAUUAUGCAAAUAUGGAUAUUCAUGUCGGUCAGUCAUUUUCAUUCUUGGUUACAAUGGAUCAAAAUGCCAGCAGUGAUUACUACAUUGUUGCCAGCCCUCGUUUUGUCAAUUCAUCUUUAUGGGCUAGAGCUACUGGAGUUGCCAUCUUGCACUACUCCAAUUCUCAAGGACCUGCAUCAGGUCCUCUCCCUGAUCCUCCUAAUGAUUACGACACAUAUUUCUCAAUGAAUCAAGCAAGAUCCAUAAGGUGGAAUGUUUCGGCUGGUGCUGCCCGUCCAAACCCACAAGGAUCUUUCAAAUAUGGUGAAAUCACUGUCACAGAUGUAUAUGUUAUCCUCAAUAGACCUCCAGAACUUAUAAAUGGGAAGUGGCGCACUACCCUCAAUGGUAUUUCAUAUUUACCACCUUCAACACCCCUUAAGCUCGCCCAGCAGUUCAACAUAUCAGGAGUUUACAAGCUUGAUUUCCCAACUAAACUGAUGAACAGACCUGCCAAAGUUGACACAUCUCUAAUUAAUGGUACUUUCAAAGGUUUCAUGGAAAUCAUCUUUCAGAACAAUGACACCACUGUUCAGAACUACCAUUUGGAUGGCUAUGCAUUUUUUGUUGUGGGUAUGGAUAUUGGAGUGUGGACAGAGAAUAGCAGAAGCACUUACAACAAAUGGGAUGGCGUUGCUCGCAGCACUACACAGGUCUUCCCUGGAGCUUGGACAGCCAUUUUGAUUCCUCUUGACAACUCUGGCAUUUGGAACCUUCGUGCACAGAAUCUGGAUUCAUGGUAUCUAGGCCAAGAAGUUUAUGUCAGUGUCGUUAAUACUGAGAUUGACCAAUCCGAAGCUCCUUUGCCUGACAAUAUCAUAUAUUGUGGACUACUUUCAUCUUUACAGAAAGACCAGGCUCAGAGAGUCAAGUUUUCUAGCGCACCAUCAAUCUCCCGCUCAAGCUCAACAAUUUUGGUUAUGUUGAUCAUAGCAUGUGGGGCUUUCAUUGGGUGA